GCUUCCAUACUUGUUUACAAACCUAUAUUUUCAAGUUGUGCUAGCCUAGCUAUUUGCAAAUCUUGGAAUAUUUUACUUCAUCCAAAUCCCUUGCAGUCUGCAGAGAAGAUAAAAGACAGGGCUUUGAUUGGAGAGGCUCUUAUCUCUGCUUCCGUCCAGGUGUUGUGCAACAGAAUUACUUCACCCGAGUUCGUUGACUUAUUUCGGCACAAGACACUCGAUGAGCCACUCCUCAGGAAGCUGAGGACGACACUGUUGGCCUUGAACUUGGUGCUCAAUGAUGCAGAGGAGAAGCAACUUGUGAACCGAGAUGUGAAAAAUUGGCUUGACGAGCUCAAACAUGCUGUCCUUGAUGCGGAGGACUUACUGGAUGAGAUUGACACUGAAGCUUUGCGAUGCAAGCUGGAAGAAGGUGAAGAUCAAACUCACAAAUUUACCAAUAAGGUGCGGAACUUGCUCUUUUCUUCUCGUAGUCAUUUUUAUCAGAGCAUGAAUGAUAAGAUAAAAGAGUUACUAGCAAGGUUAGAAAACUUUGUACAACUGAAAAGUGCUCUUGGUCUGGGAGAAGUUGCUGGGAGGAAGGUUUCGCAAAGAACUCAAACAACCUCCUUGGUUCUUGAACCUUAUGUAUAUGGUAGAGAUGAAGUCAAAGAAAAGUUAUCAAAAGUGUUGCUAUCUGAUGAAGCAGGCAAGGAUCCUGUGUCUUUCCUCACCAUUGUUGGAAUGGGUGGGGUUGGCAAGACAACCCUUGCUCGAAUGCUUUACAAUGACGAUAAGGUGAAAGGGCAUUUUAAACUUAAAGCUUGGGCCUGUGUUUCAGACUACGAUGAUUAUAUUAAAAUUACUAAAACUCUCCUUGAGGCAGUCACUUCAAAGCCUUGUAAAACGGCAAAUCUGAAUUUGCUUCAAGAAGAUCUAAGAGAGCAAUUGAAGGGAAGGAAAUUUUUAUUUGUGUUGGAUGACCUAUGGAAUGAGAAUAAUGAGGAUUUGAACUACCUUAGAGCUCUUUUUAUUACUUUAGGAACAAUGGGAAGUAAAGUCAUUGUAACAACACGGAACAAAAAUGCAGCAUCUGUCAUGCAAAAUGUUCAUAUUCAAUACUUAGACCCAUUGUCUCAGGAGGACUGCUGGUUAUUACUUGCAAAACAUGCAUUUGGAAAUGAAAAGUGUAGUGCACAUUCAAACUUGGAAGACAUUGGAAAGCAAAUUGCACUCAAGUGCAAAGGGUUGCCUUUAGCUGCACAAACACUUGGGAGUUUGUUACGUUGCAAUAUGGAUUUUGAGUACUGGAAUAGAAUACUAAAUGAUAGUUUUUGGGACCAACCCUAUGAUAAAACUAACAUUCUUCCGGCUCUAGGGUUGAGUUACCAUUAUCUUCCUACUCAGUUGAAACAAUGCUUUGCUUAUUGUUCAAUUUUUCCAAAGGAUUAUGAGUUUGAAAAGGAAGAUAUAGUUCAAUUAUGGAUUGCAGAAGGUAUAAUUCCACAAGCUGAGAAUGGAAAAAGGAUGGAAGCAUUGGCUAGAAUAUACUUUGAUGAGCUGUUAUCACGAUCGUUGUUUCAAAAGUCAAGUAAAUUCAGCUUCAUUAUGCAUGAUCUCAUUAAUGACUUGGCUAUGUUCAUGUCUCAGGGGUUUUGCCUUAGGCUCGAAGAUGGGGUAUCCCAUGAAGUUAAAAGAGCUCGUCAUUUGUCAUACGCUAGGGGAGAAUUUGAUGCUGCUCCAAGAUUUGAACCAUUAUAUGAGGCUAAAUGUUUGCGGACCUUCCUACCUACCUCUUUAAAUCCAUAUGGAUCUUAUGAAAGAUUUUGUGUAAGUAAAAAAGUUCUACAAGAAUUGUUGCCAUCACUAAGAUGUUUACGGGUGUUGUCAUUGUCAUGUUAUCAAAAUGUUACUGUGUUACCUGAUUCUAUUGCAAACCUCAUUCACUUGCGGUACUUGGAUCUUUCCCGUACCGCAAUUGAAAGGUUACCUGGGGUACUUUGCAAUCUCUACAACUUGCAGACAUUACUAUUGUCAAAUUGUUCCUCACUUCGUGAAUUGCCUGCAGACAUUAGAAAAUUGAUUAAUUUACAGAAAUUGACAUUGGGCGGUUGUAGUUCUCUUAAUAAAUUGCCUACAGGCAUGAAGGAGUUGACUAAUUUGCAUCAUCUUGAUGUCAGUGGAACUAAAAUUGAAGAGAUGCCGGUGCAAAUGGGUAGAUUGAAAAGUUUGAGAACAUUGACUGCAUUUGUUGUGGGCAAAUCUACUGGGUUCGGCAUAAGAGAACUGAGGGAGUUCCCACAACUUCGAGGAAAACUAUCAAUUUUGAAGCUACAAAAUGUAGUUGAUGCGAGGGAUGCACUGCACGCCAAUAUGAAGCACAAGAAAGAUCUCAAGGAGUUAAAGUUUUCAUGGGGUGCGGAGGAUGCUGAUGAUUCCCAAAAGGAGAAAGAUGUACUCGACAAGCUCCAGCCUUGCGUGAAUUUGGAGAAAUUAACCAUCAAAUUCUAUGGUGGAACCAAUUUUCCGAAUUGGUUAGGAGACUCGUCUUUUUCUAACAUACAAGUCAUGCAUCUCAGUGACUGUAGUUAUUGUUGGUUGCUCCCACCAGUUGGACGGCUACCGGCACUCAAAGAGCUCUGUAUAAAAAGAAUGAAGUCUUUGAGGACGAUUGGCGUUGAAUUCUAUGGCAGAGAUGGAGCUUAUCUGACUCAGCCAUUUCGAUCUCUGGAGAAGCUAGAGUUUAGGAAGAUGCCAGAGUGGGAGGAAUGGUUACCAAGUGGAAGUGCAAGUGGAGGUGAAUAUUGUUAAAGGAAAAUCAAUUAC